AUGCCACAACUCAUACCAGAACCUUGAUUUAUAACAUUUCUUAUUACCUGAUCAAUUUUAUUAACAGUAGUUCCUAUGCAAAUUAUAGCCUUAACUUUCCCCUACGAACCUAAUUUACAAACAGACCAAGACUCUUCAACACAAACUUGAAACUGACAAUGACUGUAA